GAACUACAAUUCCCAGAGGGCAGUGCGAUCGAGCGUCUCGGGCGGCCUUCGAAGGGGUUUUUCUAGUUUCAGCGUGCGGGGGGAUCUCCCAGCCGGAUGUAGUGUACUGUCCUGGCGGGAGGGGCGGCCCACUGGGGGUCGUGCCUCCUGGAGCCGUCCCCGGGACGUGAGUCCUGGAGGAGGCGAGGGGUGCUCCAGGCGUUGAGAAGACUAUGAACAGGUCAGAGAACUUGUUCUUUCCUGGCUCCUCAUUAGCAUCCCAAGUUCAUGCUGCAGCUAUUAAUGGAGAUAAGGGUGCUCUUCACAGGCUCAUCAUAGGAAACUCUGCCCUUAAAGACAAAGAAGAUCAAUUUGGGAGGACACCACUUAUGUAUUGUGUGUUGGCUGACAGACUGGAUUGUGCAGACGCUCUUCUGAAGGCAGGAGCAGAUGUUAAUAAAACUGACCACAGCCAGAGAACAGCCCUCCAUCUUGCAGCUCAAAAGGGAAAUUAUCGUUUCAUGAAACUCUUACUUACACGCCGAGCAAACUGGAUGCAAAAGGAUCUGGAAGAGAUGACCCCUUUGCACUUGACCACCCGGCACAAGAGCCCUAAGUGUUUGGCACUUCUGCUGAAGUUUAUGGCAGCAGGAGAAGUGGACACACAGGAUAAAAACAAGCAAACAGCUCUGCACUGGAGUGCCUACUACAAUAACCCUGAGCACGUAAAGCUGCUUAUCAAGCAUGACUCCAACAUUGGGAUUCCUGACGUCGAAGGCAAGAUCCCACUUCACUGGGCAGCCAACCACAAGGACCCAAGUGCUGUUCAUACAGUACGAUGCAUUCUGGAUGCUGCUCCCACGGAGUCUUUACUGAACUGGCAAGACUACGAGGGUCGGACACCUCUUCACUUUGCAGUCGCCGAUGGGAAUGUGACAGUGGUUGAUGUCUUGACCUCAUACGAAAGCUGCAAUAUAACAUCUUACGAUAACUUAUUUCGAACCCCGCUGCACUGGGCAGCCUUACUAGGCCAUGCACAGAUCGUCUAUCUCCUUUUAGAAAGAAAUAAGUCUGGAACCAUCCCAUCCGACAGCCAAGGAGCAACACCCUUGCACUAUGCAGCUCAGAGUAACUUUGCUGAAACAGUUAAAGUAUUUUUAAAACAUCCUUCAGUGAAAGAUGAUUCAGACCUCGAAGGAAGAACAUCCUUUAUGUGGGCUGCUGGAAAAGGCAGUGAUGAUGUCCUUAGGACUAUGCUCAGUUUAAAAUCUGACAUUGAUAUUAACAUGGCAGACAAGUAUGGAGGUACAGCCUUACAUGCCGCUGCCCUUUCUGGCCAUGUCAGCACCGUGAAGCUACUGUUGGAAAAUAACGCUCAAGUAGAUGCCACCGAUGUCAUGAAGCAUACUCCACUUUUCCGAGCCUGUGAGAUGGGACACAAAGAUGUGAUUCAGACACUUAUUAAAGGUGGAGCGAGGGUAGAUUUAGUCGAUCAAGACGGACACUCUCUUCUACACUGGGCAGCACUGGGAGGAAAUGCUGAUGUUUGCCAGAUAUUGAUAGAAAAUAAGAUCAAUCCAAACGUGCAAGAUUACGCAGGACGAACCCCUUUGCAGUGUGCUGCUUACGGCGGCUACAUCAACUGCAUGGCAGUGCUCAUGGAAAAUAAUGCAGACCCUAACAUUCAAGACAAAGAGGGAAGAACAGCUUUGCACUGGUCCUGUAACAAUGGAUACCUUGAUGCCAUUAAAUUACUACUAGACUUUGCUGCUUUCCCUAAUCAGAUGGAAAACAAUGAAGAAAGGUACACUCCCCUGGACUACGCUUUGCUGGGCGAGCGCCAUGAAGUGAUCCAGUUCAUGUUGGAGCACGGCGCCCUGUCCAUCGCAGCCAUACAAGACAUCGCUGCCUUCAAAAUCCAGGCGGUCUACAAAGGGUACAAGGUCAGAAAAGCCUUCCGCGACCGGAAAAAUCUCCUCAUGAAGCAUGAACAGUUGAGGAAAGAUGCCGCUGCCAAUUCCUCUCUUAGGUCACUUGGGCUCACUCAUGUGGCCGAUGGAACUAGAAAGUCCAAGAUGGCUUCCUUUACACGUGUGGCCAUUGGCCGAGGUGUCUCAGAUCUCUUCUACAUGACCUUGCAUCCUCCAGGAGAAUCACCCAGAGAACAGUCUAAAGGCCGAUCUGCCUGUGUCCACUUCCGCCCCAGUGAAGGCAGUGAUGGAAACAGACAUCCAGGAGUCUCCUCUGUUGAGAAGGCCAGAGGUGAGACAGUUGGUGAGCAGCAGUGUGACAAGGGGAAAGGCUUCUUGAAGCAGCCUUCCUGUAUCAGGGUGGCUGGGCCAGACGAGGAAGGAGAGGAUGCCAGUUGGGCAGCUGCAAGCCUUCCACGGCAGGAUGGCCCCCGGAAACCCAGCAGGCGGCAGGACACAGCACCCAAGGCCAAAUAUGCCUCCCAGAAAAGACGAGUUCAAGAGCUCCGAGGAGGAAGGCACUCCCCGGCUGGUUCUAGCCGGCCUGGCAGUGCCAAGGGGGAGGUGGUCCAUGCUGGGCAGAAUCCUCUCCACCAUCGAACAUCAAGAAACAAAAUGACACAGGACAAGCUCGCAGGAGGCAUCCGCUCAGACUUGCCACAGAACACAGAGGUGUUGAGGUCAGGAGUCAGGAAGUCGGGAACAUCCACCCUGUGGGAGGACACUCAGAUAUCCAAGGAGACUGAUCCAGCACCUGGUCCCCUCUCUGGGCAGAGUGUGAAUAUUGGCCUUCUCCCCGUAGAGCUGCGGCUGCAGAUAAUCCAGAAAGAAAGAAGCAGGAAAGAGCUGUUUCGCAAAAAACACAAGGCGGCAGCAGUCAUCCAGCGGGCCUGGAGAAGCUACCAGCUUAAGAAGCACCUGUCCCACCUUCUGCAGAUGAAGGAGCUUGGAGCCAGAGAUGUGGACAGAUGGAACCAAGAGUGCCUGGCACUGCUGCUCCAAAUUUGGAGGAAGGAACUGGAACUAACCCCCCCAAAAACCACUGCAGUAACCAGGACCACCAAGAGUUCAUCCAAAAGCAGCUCAGGCACAAAGUCCACCAGGCACUCGGUACUCAAGCAAAUCUAUGGUUGUUCUCAAGAAGGGAAAGUACCUCAUCCCACAAGAUCUUCCAGAGCUCAUUCUGUGCUACGUCUCAAUUCAGGUAAGGUAGCCAAUGCACUGGCAAAACAGAUUGGGGAGAUGAUGUGGGGAAGCAUUUGCCUUGUUUCAUCCCCAAAGGUGGAAGAUAAUACAACAGAUUGCCAGGGGUUUCCAAUGGUCAUUUGAUUUGAGGUGUGCAUAUUUUUCAUUCCCCUUUCAUGGAA